ACUGUGCUUACGUCAGGUAAUAGAUUAUUCCCUUCUCCGAUUGUUCCUUGGAAAAAGAAACACAAUUUUCAAAUGCUAGGCUCUCGUGCCUCGCACUGACGAUAUCCACUGGAUAGUCUCAGGAAUCUGACUCAAAGACAGCUCAACCAUUCCGAAUAUGCCUGGGAUACUUUGUGUGGUUAUAUUGCUGCUGGGCUCCCCAGUAGUGGUUGCCAACCCCCUACAGGAAUCAUCUCAAGACAACUUGAAAUCUCUUCGCUUGGUGAUGCCGGCAGUUAGCCCUCAAGAGCCCGACUUGUAUCUCUGUCACAGUAUGAACGUCAGUAAUCAGGACAUCUACAUUAGAGAGUUUAUUCCGGUUGCGGACAAAGACAUUGCACAUCAUAUACUUCUCUAUGGAUGCAAUGAACCUGGAAGCCUAGAAUCAGUGUGGAACUGUGGAGAAAUGGUUGCUCAGAAUACGCAGUCAUACCAGGUGGCUCCUGUCUGUGCAAGCGAUUCAAAAAUUCUGUAUGCAUGGGCAAUGGAUGCUCCCAUGCUUAAAUUACCAGAUGAUGUCGCUUUUCACGUGGGACAGAAUACACACAUUAAAAAUCUUGUCGUGCAGGUGCAUUAUAAGAAUGUGACUAUUUUCAAAACCACAGAUACCAAAGACGAGUCAGGAGUGGAAAUUGUCACAAUGUCGAAGCCGGUGGGAAGGCAACCACGUCUAGCUGGAGUGUACCUGAUGGCAACUGGUGGAAAAAUACCUGCACACAGUGUGGAGUACCUCGAGGCUGCUUGCGACUUCCCAGACGCAGACAUGGAAAUCCAUCCCUUCGCAUUUCGAACACAUGCCCAUAAGCUAGGUCGAGUUAUCUCUGGAUACCGAGUGAGAAACAAACAUUGGGAAGAAAUAGGACGUCAGGAUCCAAGACUGCCAGAGAUGUUCUACAAUGUUUCUAAUCCGCACCUCACAAUAAGGAAAGGAGAUAUUUUGGCAGCAAGAUGCACAAUGGAGAAUGAGUUAGACCAUGAUGUGUAUGUUGGAGCUACUUCAAAUGAUGAAAUGUGUAACUUCUAUAUCAUGUACUACACGCAAGGCAGUCAGUCUUUAACAGAUGAUGUUUGUCUGACAGAGGGUCCUCCACUGUGGUACUGGAAUGACUUUCCGAUGCAAGAUCGACUCAACCUAGCACAAGUGCCAUUCAAUGCCAGUGUCAUCCCAGGAACACGAACUCCACUUGAAAGGACGGCAUACGCCAACUCGCCACCUUGGGAUGACUAUGACAACACACAGCUGCAUUAUGAUUCAGACGAAAACGGAUUUCGGGGAGGCAUGGAGAACAUGAACAGUGCUGAGGUCAGUGACGUGCUCUCGGAUUUUCUUGGGCCUUGAGAGAGGAAUGUCACGAGAUUGAAGUGAUAGAAACAUUCUUCUUGAUGUAAAUAGUCCAGUAACGGUGAUGGUUUAAACUCCUCUGAUCUUGAAAAAAACCUAUUCCUUGGUUUGACAACUAAUGAUUGUCAGAAUUGUUUCUGAUGUAGAUUAUUGGAUGCUUACAUUUAAGCAGUAAAAAUGAAAGAAACGAA